CAUACGUUAAAGUUUCCGAAUCCCAAUAACACACCCAACUGUAUGAAAGUGAAACAAACCUGUUCCGUAUGCCACCGUAUCACUUUGUUCACUACCUUCUCUCUCUAGACCAUAAUUACUGUUCUUCUUCUCAAGUCUUAACAACCAUACCGAAUUAAGCAAUACCCAUUUCCAAAAUCCAUGGAUGCUUCAGCAGCAUCCUCAAUCUCCUAGCCUUUCCUUUUCAUCUGUCUGACACCCAAUUCGUUUUUCUUUGAAAUAAAGCCUUUAAAAAUGGGCAUUGACCUCGAAUCUUUGUCAGAGGCCACUUCAGGAGCCAUUGGAGCUCUUGUUAGCACCACCAUCUUGUACCCUCUUGAUACCUGUAAGACCAAAUAUCAAGCUGAAGUUCGAACUCAACAUCAGCAAAAGUACAGGAAUAUUUCUGAUGUUUUAUGGGAAGCAAUUUCUACCCGUCAGGUGCUCUCAUUGUACCAGGGCCUUGGGACAAAGAACCUUCAGUCCUUUAUUUCACAGUUUGUCUACUUCUAUGGAUACAGCUUCUUCAAGAGGCUGUACUUGGAGAAAAGUGGAAACAAAACCAUAGGAACAAGAGCAAACUUGAUUGUUGCCGCUGCCGCCGGGGCUUGUACAGUCAUAGUCACACAGCCCUUGGAUACAGCAUCCUCAAGGAUGCAGACAAGUGAGUUUGGGAAAUCAAAAGGACUUUGGAAGAGCCUCUCAGAAGGUACUUGGAAUGAGGCAUUUGAUGGUCUAGGCAUAUCUCUUCUUUUGACAGCAAACCCAUCUAUCCAGUAUACUGUUUUUGAUCAGCUAAAAGAGAGGCUAUUGAAGGGGAAGCUGAGCAAAAAAGCACCUGCGGAGUUAUCCCCGAAAGCUCUUUCUGCUUUUAAUGCUUUCGUGUUGGGUGCAGUUUCGAAGUGUGUUGCUACCUGCUUGACUUACCCAGCUAUCAGGUGUAAAGUCAUGAUUCAGGCUGCGGAGUCAGAUGAAGAUGGGAACCAAGAAGCCGGACAAAAAGCCCAGAAGACAGUUUCAGGUGCAGUCUAUGCCGUUUGGAAAAGAGAGGGCCUACUGGGUUUCUUCAAAGGAUUACAGGCCCAAAUACUGAAGACUGUGAUAAGCUCAGCAUUGCAUUUGAUGAUAAAGGAGAAGAUUACAAAGACAACAUGGGUCCUAAUGCUUGUGCUGAGAAAGUAUCUGUUUGUCACCCGCCCCAAACUAAAAGGCACAUGAAUUAGUGAUGAGAGUGAGAGCUAUAAGCUUGGAAACCUCAUUAAUGAAGAGGCUCCAUAGGAUUUGUCCAUCGUGGAGGAGAAAUUAUGCAGCAGCAUCCAAUAAACAUUUGUGUACGGGAGGGACCAGGUUGUGUAUCGCAAAAGGAGAAUACAAAUUUGCAGAACAAGGGAAUCUUCAUUUCCUCGUCUAAUAAUUAUUCAAUAAAUAUUAUCACGUUUGAUGUCUGUCUUAAUCGAAAUAAAAUAUUCAUACAAUUUCCUUA